UUACAGCAGCUCCAUGCACCCCCUCUCUAACUGUUCUCAUUCAUUCACUCUACCUACCCACACACACUCCUUAUCUCACACACAGUACACAAUCUACUGUAUGUGAGUGUUGCAACUACUUAUUUUACGGAAUAUAAUACAAUACAAUCUCGGAUUCUUUCUUCUCCCUUGUGGGCACUUCUAAACUUUUUCUCAGGGAUUUUUUUCUCUCACAACCUGGCAACCCGUAGAGAGCAGCACGCAGCAGUUGCCAGAACAAGUUGCCAGAACAAGAGGAUGUGUCCUAUCCCUGGAGAGAAAAGAGAGAAGAGUCUGAGCUGAAUCUUAAAGAGGAGUGGAUCUGUCGGAGGAGAUCUGAGGAGAGGACCAGGAACAGGAGAGAAGAGGAGGAGAAGGAGGAAUAAAAGAGGAGGAGGACAGAGCAUGGGCCAUUCCUGCGUGUGGAUUUUUCUGCUGUCCCUGUCUCUCUCCCACCAGGCGGUCACUGAACAGGCAGAAGCAUGUCGGACGGCGGCGCCUGCAGACCUAGUGUUCUUGGUGGAUGAGUCGUGGGGCGUGGGCCAGACCAGCUUCUCCAGGGUUAAAGACUUCAUCUCGGCCAUCAUUAAUUCCUUUCAGGACAGCGUGGUGGGGCCCGAGGGCAUCCGCUUUGGAGUCACCGUCUACGGAGAUAUACCCAGGAUGCGCAUCGCCCUGACAGACUACAGUAGUUUCGAGGAGGUCCUGAGGGCAGUAAAGGACCUCCCCUUUGAAGGCGGGGCCAGUCGAACGGGCGACGCCCUCCAGUUCCUGGUGGAUUAUGUCUUCAGUGCGGCUAUCACCAGGGACAACACCCCCAAGAUUGCUGUCCUGAUCACAAACGGCCGUUCGGAUGACCAGGUGGAUGGGCCGGCCAAGGCUGUCACAGACAGUGGGAUCUCUAUCUACGCAGUGGGGGUGAGAGGAGCCGACGAAUCAGAGCUGCGCAGGAUUGUGACUGAGCCCCACGAGGAACACCUGAUGCUAGCCGCUGACUUCUCUCUCCUGGAUGCUCUCCUGCCCAAACUGUCCCGAAGAAUCUGUUUCACCACCUCUGAACCCCCACGCCCCGUCAAACACACCCCGGCCGCGGAGGAGCGUGUGGUGGGUCCCCGGGACCUCCAGGUGAGUGAGCUAGCCUACAGUAGUCUGAGGCUGACCUGGAGCCAGGCCACGGGGGACGUCACCGGCUACCGCCUCCUGGUCACCCCCCUCAGUCCCAAGGGACAGCUGCUGCCCAGCCUGCAGACACAGACUGAUCUGAAAGGUGAUGAGAGGACAUCUCUAGUGACAGAGCUGACUCCUAAGACAGAGUACUCUCUGACUGUCUACGCCAUCUACCCUGGCCUCAUUGGAGACUCUGCCACCAUCAUUACACAGACACCCCCGGUGCCUCCUGUCUCAAACUUCCGUGUGAUGGAGGAGGGCCUCUUCUCUCUGAGGUUGGCAUGGACACCACCUCUAGGGAAGCUCGAGGGAUACAAGAUAUUCAUCCCCAGAUCCGACCGGCCAGGGCUGACCUAUGAGCAGGUGCUGCGCGGCGACACCUCCUCCCAUGUGAUUGACAGCUUGGAGGAGGAUAAGAAGUACACCGUCAGUAUCUUUGCUAUCUACCCCCAGGGCCCCAGCCAACCUGUCUCGAUCAUCGGCAAAACACUGAAACUGGUGCCAGUGCAGCAGCUCCUGGUCCAAAACGCCACCACAGACACCGUCCAGGCCCGCUGGGGCUCAGUGAAGGGGGCCACGGGGUAUCGCCUCACCUGGUCCUCCUCAGAUGGCCAUAGAGAAAACGUGAACCUGGGGGAGACCUUUAACUUCUACAUGAUCCAGGGCCUCCACCCAGGCACUGAGUACGCCAUCACCAUCAACCCCAUCUUUGUGGACAUCGAGGGCCCUGUCACCUCUACCCCAGCCAAGACACUGGAGAGCAGUGCAGUCCAGACUCUGAAGGCAUCGGCAGUGAGCACCAACAGUGCCAUGGUCUCCUGGAACUCUGUCCCUGGGGCCACAGGCUACAGACUAGCCUGGGGGCCCACUCCAGAGUUUGUGGGUCGGGACCGUCCUAGGCAGCUGGCUCUGAACGGCUCCACCACAGAGCACCUUCUGAAGAACGUGGUCCAUGACACAGAGUAUGUUCUGUCUCUUUACGUCCUGUUUGGAUCGCUGGUGGGACCCGGCGUCUCAGCUACCUUCCGCACCUCUCCUUUGGGAUAUGUGUCUAACUUCCAAGUGACUUCCUACACCAGUUCCUCCAUCGACGUGGAGUGGAGUCCCGUCGUGGGGUCCACCGAGUACAAACUCACCUGGAACAUCGAUGGCAACACUCCCCAGUCCCAGUAUUUGGACCGCAGCGUUCUGUUCCACCGCAUUCAGGGCCUCAACCCAGAGACAGUCUACAUAGUUAGCAUCCACGCUGUCUACGGCAACACAGAGGGGCCAGAAAUCUCCCUUUCACAGCUCACAGCGUCGGUGACAGAGUCAGAGCUGAUCCAAGCGAUCAAGGAGGUGAAGGUGGUGGAUGUCGGAGUCAACUCCUUCAUACUGACCUGGAGGAGAACACCUGGGGUCACUGGCUACAAGAUCUCCUGGAGCCCCUUCCAUGGUGGCGAUGAGAAGUCCCAGCUAGUUUCUUCCUCCACUACCUCCUUCACCAUCCCUAAGUUACAGGAGAGCUCGGCCUAUAAGAUCCAGGUGGCAUCUAUGGUGGGGGGCCGAGAAGGGAGCCCGUUCCUGGUCACUGCACGCACCUUGGACCUGCCCAAAGUGAAUGGUUUCGCAGCGCUGGACACCACAGACAGCAGUACCUCCCUCAACUGGAUCAGCGUUGCCGGGGCUUCUGGGUAUCUGCUCUCCUGGAGGCACAUCUCAGAGUUGGACACCAAAAAGGAGAAGCUUGGUCCUUCUGCCACCAUGUUUAAGCUGAGUGAUCUGCUGUAUGGCAGGACCUACAUCUUCACCAUCAGACCUGUGUAUGGAGAGGUGGAGGGACCCAUCACCUCUAUCCACCACAGGAUAGUGGCCAAGGACCGUCUUCUGGUGCCUGUCCAGUCUUUACCCGCCACUCCUUCCCCUCUCAACCCUCACACCCUCACCGCCUCCCACCCCAACGCAGCCAAAGCCACCAAAGCCCACACCCGCUCCACCGUCACCAAAGCCCCCUCCAAAACCACCGCCGGCAUUGCCAAGAAACCCCCAAGCACCACCGUUGUCAAAACAGCUGCAGCCACCACCACCUUUAUCAAAACAGCUGCAGCCACCACCAGCGUCGGCCAUCUUACCAGCACUACCAGAAACAUAUUGGUUUUGGAUACAGAGACAACUGUUGGACCAGGGCCAGUGUGUGGCAGGGUGAAGGCAGACAUAGUGUUCUUGGUGGAUGAGUCAUGGAGCAUCGGAUCCAAUAACUUUGACAAGCUCAAGGACUUCCUGUUCCGGGUUGUCACCUAUUUCCCUGUGAUUGGUCCUCAGGGCACACAGAUAGCAGUGGUGCACUACAGUGAUGAACCAAGGAUAGAGUUCAAACUGAAUGAUUACAAGAACAGGAACUCUGUACUAAAGGCUCUGAGAGGAGUACGCUAUGGAGGAGGCAACACCAAAACAGGGAAGGGGAUGAGCUACGUUCUGAAGGAGCUGUUCCAGGAGUCUCUGGGGAUGAGGCAGGAGGUGUCCCAUGUCUUGGUGUUGCUGACAGACGGCCGGGCCGUGGACGAUGUGGAGCAACCCUCCAGGAUCGCACAGGCUUAUGGUGUGAGUGUGCUGGCCAUCGGGGUGGCCAAUGCAGACAUGGACGAGCUGAAGAAGAUAGCGCAUCCAGCCAACUACCAGAACAUCUUCUACGCCAGGGACUUUGAUGACUUCUCCUCCAUAGAGAGAGAGUUCAUCAGCAACAUCUGCAGCGAGGCGCUGCUCUCCGAGUUCAGACAACACGACGAGUCUGCCCAGCUGGACACUCCAACUGAUGACCCUGAUGAGCUGACCAAACCCCAGGGCCCCUGCCCCUUACAGUGCAAGGGGCAGAAAGGUGAAAAGGGAGAUGGCUCUGGUAAUGGUGGACUGAGACUCCAGCAAAACACUGCGAUGUUUGAGUCAAUUGGCCUCAAGUCCAAAGGAGAGAAAGGAGAGAGAGGACUUCCUGGAACAGAUGGUGUCCCUGGGUUGCCAGGACGACCAGGACGAACCGGACCCCCAGGUUCAGCCGGACAACGGGGUUUAGAAGGUGUUCCAGGUGAUCUGGGGCCUCCUGGUAUCACUGGUCCAAAAGGCCAGAGAGGAGAGAGGGGGGAGCCUGGGUAUGUCAUAGGGGGCAUAGGAGACGGCCAUUAUGCUCCUGGACGAAAGGGAGAGCCUGGAUCAUCAGGACCCCAAGGGGCUCCGGGUGUACCAGGGGUCUCUGGACCCUCAGGCCUGCCUGGACAGUCAGGUUCACCUGGGUCCUCAGGGAUAUCUGUUAAGGGGGAACAUGGGGAGGCAGGUGCUAAAGGUUUGCGUGGGAAAGCAGGGGCCAAAGGAGACAAAGGAGAUCAUGGUAAAGAUGGCCAAGCAGGGUUACCUGGUCCCAUUGGAAUUGAUGGUGUUCCAGGCUUCCCAGGUCAAAAGGGAUAUAAGGGAGAGGAGGGGAUCGGGGUUCCCGGUGUCCAGGGCCCUCGUGGAGAGCCAGGGGAGAAGGGAAAUAUAGGCCUAUCAGGACCUGAGGGACCAAAGGGAGAGGCUGGUGUUCAAGGGAUACAAGGGGUUGUCGGACCACGGGGGAAGAAGGGAGUGAAAGGCAUCCAAGGGGAUAAGGGCGAUCGAGGAGAGGUGGGGCCUAUGGGAACACAGGGAUUGACAGGCUUUGCGGGGGCUCUUGGCCAGAAGGGUGACGAGGGACAGAGAGGAGUUCCUGGUGACCCAGCCAAAGGGAUCAUUGGUCCCACAGGAAAGAAGGGUACCAGGGGUGACAUUGGGCCCGUCGGUGCGACUGGACCCCAGGGAGUAAAGGGGGUCCAAGGAGUCAAAGGAGAAAAGGGUAAUCCUGGGUUCGGCAUUCCUGGACAGCAGGGACCAAAGGGAGAAAAUGGUGAAAGGGGAAAUGUUGGCUUGUCUGGGAAACCUGGACCCAAGGGGCGUGAUGGCUCUAAAGGGGCAGGGGGAACUGUUGGGGUCCCCGGGAAUCCUGGAGCACCAGGACUAAGAGGUAAAGAUGGUGUGCCUGGAAUCAAAGGAGAAUCAGGACUACGGGGAGAGCAGGGACCAGCGGGUGAGCCUGGUGAGAGAGGAAUAAGGGGCCCACUGGGGUUACCGGGACGACCAGGGGACCCAGCAGAGAAAGGAGAUACCGGGAACAUUGGUUUUCCUGGAACGGAGGGAAAGAAAGGAGAGCCUGGAAAACCAGGACCUUCGGGAGGCGCACAAUUCAGUUCAGACAACAAUAUCCUGACUAGGGUGAUCAAGGGUGAACCAGGACAUCCCGGAGAGCCCGGUCUCAGAGGGGAGACAGGUCUGCCUGGACAAAGGGGUCCUGAUGGAAAACCAGGGUCUCCAGGAACGGGAGGGUCUGGGUCAGGGAGAGAUGGUCUGGAUGGGUUACCAGGAAAACCUGGAUCCAAGGGUGACCCAGGAAAGACAGGUGAGCCAGGAACGAGGGGAGAGAAAGGAGACCAAGGCAGGGUGGGGAUUGCUGGAAUGCCUGGUUUACCUGGGACCCCAGGUAGACCUGGCAUUGAUGGGAAGAGAGGUCUGGCUGGAAAAGAUGGAGAGCAAGGACAAAGAGGAGAUGAUGGCAAAAAGGGUGAUACAGGUGAAACUGGAACUGAUGGUAAAAAAGGGGAAUUGGGUGCUCCGGGCCUGCCUGGUACCCAUGUUCUGUUUACUCAACAGGAGGGUGCCACCCUUGAAGAGAUGCGACAGGCAUUCCCUUUGCCAAUGGGACCUCCUGGGGCUAAAGGUCCACCAGGGAUGAAGGGUGACGCUGGUCUUCCAGGGGAAGCAGCUGACAUGAAGAACAUUGAAGUCAUGUUUGAAGACUAUGGCAUAAGGCUGCCCUUGCUGAAGGCACUGAUUGACAGGCUGCUGCAGGACGGCAUGGAGGAGCUUCUGCAGGAGCUAACCACCUCUAGGAGAGUCAAUGAGAAGGAGAAACACGGCUCCAACAUUAUCACUGACUACACAAGAACUGUAAAGUAUGAGAUCUCCAAGGAGCCUCUGACAGAGAUGGACACCAUAGAGGAGGCAGUUGACUCUGACCUAGACAGACAGCUACCAGAACCUAACUCUGAUGCUUUGGAUGAAACGGCGGAGGCCCCCACAUUCUGGAGCCUCACCACUCUUAAUGGUCUUAAAGGGGUCCAAGACGUGGGGAGGAUAGAGAGCACCUCUAAGGGGACAGAGGGGACACUGACAGUGGACGAGGACUUCAGUGAAGCUCCCUCGCCCAAGUUGACUUUAUCAAACUCAACAUUUAACAACACUACGUCUGAAGAGAGGGUCUCUGAGGUACCAGGGGCAAUAGUAGAAACUGUUCUCCUCAGUGGGGAAGACUCCUUGAAGAAAAAGAAGAGUCGAGAACGGAAGGGCAAGGGACAGAAAGGACGACAUAAGAGGCAAAGAGAACGCCUGACGAGUACGGAGGAGGAGGAGGAGGAGGAGGAGGAAUUAUACGAUGGGGAAGAGUACAGUUAUGAAUAUGAGGAUUCCACAGAUGAUCCCUUACUGUCAGUGGAAAAUCAAGGGGAGUUUGAAAUCACAACAGAAAGCACACUACAUGGAAUGAGCAAAGAGAGUGGCCUGACAACUUUAGGUCCAUAUCCAUCCCAGUCACCGGGUGACAGUGAAAAGAAGGGGGAAUUCAUCACACCUAUCCUUCCCAGCACAACAGAAGAAACAGAGAAGGAUUCCACAGAUGAUCCCUUACUGUCAAUGGAAAAGCAAGGGGAGUUUGAAAUCACAACAGAAAGCACACUACAUGGAAUGAGCAAAGAGAGUGGCCUGACAACUUUAGGUCCAUAUCCAUCCCAGUCACCGGGUGACAGUGAAAAGAAGGGGGAAUUCAUCACACCUAUCCUUCCCAGCACAACAGAAGAAACAGAGAAGGGGAGACCAUCUCAAGUCCGGGUCAGAGUAAGGAAGAGCGUCCCCUGGCCAGAUUACAUGGCAUACAUGCCAGGAACUGCAGGAGGAAGAAAUCGAUACCAUGACGGACAAGAAUCACAGUCGGGAGCAAGAGGUUCCAAGAAAUUACAUAGACAGAACCAAGAAAACAGAGACCCUCAGCCUGACCAUGAAUCCUAUACAGAGAGGGGAGGUCGACUAUGA